AUGCUGCUAUGCCUUCAGUUCACUUCAGUUCUUGGAGUUUGGUUGGCAACGGCCGAUGAUGUAUAUGUUACCCGACAAUGUGACCUUGUCCAAACACAGCCACACAAUGAGGAUUAUGCGGACAGCAGCAUGGCCACAUCAUCUGCAAGAAUUACAAGGAACGUGGAGCAUGAUGUCUGUUCAUCUAUCCUGAAAGAGAGGUUGGGAGAGUUGGUAGGGAAUGAUGGGCCAUUUGUUUCCCCAUAUUCUGUGCUGAUUGGUUCAUGCCAACAAAGAUUUUGUCACGACCAUGGCUUUUUAUCAGCCCACUUCUGCCUGACAACCAACCCAGUGGGCUUGAAAGCUACAUCUCUCUUUUCUAGGGCCCCAGUUUGGGGAACUGCACGUGCUAGCUGA